GCUCCCGACGCGGAGCCCGCGGGGGAGGAGUGCAGCUGGGCCGGCCUCUUCUCCUUCCAAGACUUGCGGGCUGUGCACCAGCAGCUGUGCUCGGUGAACUCGGAGCUGGAGCCCUAUCUGCCUGCCUUCCCCGAGGAGCCCUCGGGCAUGUGGACGGUGCUGUUCGGAGCCCCGGAGCUUUCCGAGCAGGAGAUGGAUGCUCUUUGCUACAAGCUACAAGUUUACUUGGUCCACAGCUUGGUUUCCUGUGGCUGGAAGAUCCUUUCGCAGGUGCUUUUCACCGAGACUGAUGACCCUGAAGAGUAUUAUGAGAGCCUGAGUGAGCUGCGACAGAAGGGAUAUGAGGAGGUGCUGCAGCGGGCCCGCAGGCGAAUCCAGGAGCUUCUGGAAAAACAUAAGAACACAGAAAGCAUGGUAGAGCUGCUUGAACUGUAUCAAAUGGAAGAUGAAGCCUACAGUAGUCUUGCAGAAGCUACCACAGAACUCUAUCAAUACUUACUACAGCCGUUUCGAGAUAUGAGGGAACUUGCGAUGCUUCGAAGACAGCAGAUAAAGAUCUCGAUUGAGAAUGAUUACCUAGGCCCCAGAAGAAUUGAGAGUCUGCAAAAAGAAGAUGCCGACUGGCAGAAAAAAGCCCACAUGGCUGUGCUUUCUAUUCAAGAUCUUACCGUUAAAUACUUUGAAAUAACAGCAAAAGCACAAAAAGCUGUGUACGAUCGAAUGCGAGCAGACCAGAAAAAGUUUGGUAAGGCAGCAUGGGCAGCAGCAGUGGAACGUAUGGAAAAGCUUCAGUAUGCCGUUUCUAAGGAGACUUUGCAGUUGAUGCGUGCUAAAGAAAUCUGUUUGGAGCAGAAGAAACAUGCACUGAAAGAGGAGAUGCAAAGUCUGAAGGGUGGCACAGAAGCCAUAGCCCAUUUGGACAAGUUAGAAGCUGAUUAUUAUGAUCUACAGCUUCAAUUAUAUGAAGUGCAGUUUGAGAUUUUGAAAUGUGAAGAGCUGCUGCUGACAGCACAACUUGAAAGCAUCAGAAGGCUGAUGUCAGAGAAGAAAGAUGAAGUGGUAUAUUAUGACACUUACGAAAGUAUGGAAGCCAUGCUUGAAAAAGAGGAUAUGGCAACAUCUGUACAUCUGCAAAAAGAGGAACUGCAGAAAUUACAACAAAAAAUCCGCCAGCUGGAAGCAAGGCGUGGACGUAUUUCAGCCAAGAAAGCCUACCUCAGAAAUAAAAAGGAGAUCUGUAUCGCAAAGCAUAAUGAAAAGAUCCAGCAGCGUCACCACAGCGAGGAGGAGUACAGAAUGCACCAUACUGUACAGCUAAAGAGAGAUCAACUACAAGAAGAAGAGGAAAGAAAGAGUUCCUGGGUUAGUCAAGAGCGACAGAAAACACUGGACAGACUUCGCACAUUUAAACAGCGGUACCCUGGGCAAGUAAUACUUAAGUCAACCAGACUACGACUGGCUCAUGCAAGAAGAAAAUGUACAGGCAGCUCAAUAUCCUCUGUAGGUCAGCCUCAAUCUUUGCCAGCAACCAUACAACCCCAAGAGAAGAGUGAAGAGGUGGAACUGGAAAACGUAGUUCAGUCUUUGCAAGCACAGGAGUCCAGAAGCUUAGAACAACUUCAAGAUGUUUUGUUACCUCCGAAUGGUGUUACCUCUGAACUGCCUCUUGUUAGUACUUCUCCACUCAUUAGUAAUGAGCUUCAACCAGAGACUGUUACUGUAGUACCGCUCCCUCCCCCUUUGCCUCCGCCACCUCCACCUCCACCCCCACCUCUGCCCUCCAAGGAAGAUGCCACCAAAUCCUUAGAGAAAACCGACAGCCUUGUUAAACGGCAGAGCGAGGAGAAGGGAGUCCAGCACUCUUCCAGUGUCCCAACAGCACAUCUGUUUGACAGUAGUCAGCUAGUCAGUGCCAAGAAGAAGCUUAAGAAGACGGGUGAUCUAGAGGGUUUACAGAGGAGGAGAGUGAGUUCCCCGAUGGAUGAAGUACUGGCUUCCUUGAAGCGUGGUAGCUUUCACUUAAGAAAAGUUGAGCAGAGAAGUCUCCCUCCCUUUCCUGAUGAAGAUGAUAGCAAUAACAUCUUGGCACAGAUCAGGAAAGGGGUGAAACUGAAGAAAGUGCAGAAAGAUGUUUUGAGAGAAUCUUUCACAAUUCUGCCUGAUACUGACCCUCUGACAAGGAGCAUCCAUGAAGCAUUGCGACGAAUUAAGGAAGCAUCACCUGAAUCAGAGGAUGAAGAGGAGAGUUUGCCUUGCACAGACUGGGAAAAUUAACCUGUAAUUAACCUACAUUUUAAAAAAAUUAUUUCUUCAACACUUUUUGUAUAACAAUAGCUGCUAAGCCUCAGGUUAUGCAUUCUAGGAGACUUAGUAUGAAUGCAGCUAAACUGUCCUUGACCUCCAACCUGAUAAAAGUGCAAAUAUGAAUUUAGUAUCACUGACUUUUUAAAGGAAUUUGAGGUUUAUAGUAAGAAAAAACUUUUUUUAGGCACUAUCUUAGCCUUUUUUUAAUUUGAAUACUUUUGCCGAAUAUUAACAGAACUGCUCCUGUAAAAAGCUCUAUUUUAUUUAGUAAAUUGAAGGGACUGUUUGCAGCUUACAAAAAGCUUUUAAAAGCUUUUAAGUAACAAAGCAGCACAAUCACUCCUGGACACACCCUAUACUUCAAAUAUUUUGUAAUUGCUUCUGGCAUCGUAAAAAACGUAGCAUGUUAAACACCUCAGAUCGAAUAGCUCCAAGUCAAGGAUGAUUAAAUUUGACUACUGAGCACGCUGAAAUCUCCUUGGUUCUUACCUUGUGUGGCUGGCCCUUUGAUAGCUUGCUUUCCAGUGUGUGAAGACUUUGACUUCAUUACAUUUCGAGACUAUAAACAGUAAAUAUACGAAUACAAUUUACACUUCUGCUAUUCGUGCAAGUCCCAUGAACUUACAUUAUAUUAAACUACAGUGCCUCAAAGUUAUAGAUAUUAGAUUUCAGCAAAUUAAGUUAAUGACUUCAGAACCAAGCAGAAAUUGGCAAGAGAUGAAGUUUUCAAAACUUAAUCUCUUAGUAGUAGCAGUAAUAGCAGAGAGAUUCUUGAUUACAACCGCAUACAGCGCUGUUCCUCUGUGGUGGUUCUCUUCUGCUCCUGGCACACGGAUGAAAUUAAGUGUAAGUCAAGGGUUCCAGUAAACUUUUUUGCAAGUAUCUAAAAUUUGGAGAAAAGAGAUGUAUGACAAUCUGUAAAGAAUUUAAAAAUCUGUUCAGAAAUCAAAGGAUAUUUCAAGAGAAUGGAAAACAAAUAUUUAUAAACCUUGCAAUGCAUCUAGCAGUAGGAAGAAGAUAAAGUUUUUGAGUGUUUAUGGGGAGGCAAUUCUAGCCUGGUUAGUUAUUACCAUAGCUGGGGAGUGACUAUCGAUAAAGUGCUACAGCAGUUUAAAAAGUGAUGGUGACUUACCCCAUCAUCUCCUGUAUGUUGCGCUGAUUAUAAAGUACUGUGUUUCAAACUGUGCUAUUGGUAUGCUGUUUUCAAAUACUACAUUCUAAAUUUUGAAAAAAGAAAAUAAAUGUUGCCUUUAUUUCCUCAUGAACUAGCCACGGACCACCCUAGUAAUUUAAUACUAUUUACUCACGGCAUGCUUCUUCUAUACCAAAUGUACUGCUAGUUUUGGACUUGGAAAUUCAGGAGUGGAGUUGCACUUAACUCUUGCUGAAACUCAUAGUGAAAGCAGUUCUGCUUGGAUCUAACUGUAGUCACUGACCACUCUAACUUUUUAUAUUAUUUGCAUACGGAAAACUCCCACUGCCACAGCCAUUCAGCAGUUAAGUCAUAGCUAAAAUAAGAAAAGACAUACCUUGGAAUUAACUUGACUUUCUCAGCGCAUUCAUUCUCUUUUAAUUUCCUAGAUAUUGACCAAAUUUAAACGUUGUGAUUUGACUUUGUGGUUUUAGUAAACCUAACUUAUUCCUUAGGAUCUUGUUUGCGUUUUUAAUAAGAAUACUCUUUAAUACCAUAGGACAUAAACAUGGAAGGAGUUUAUCCAAGAGUGGUUUUGAAUUGUUUUAAUCUAAUUGGUGGACCUUUAAACAUUUUCCAGGGGAAGUGUAGCCUCUUGUAGAAGUCUUAUGUAUUCCUUGCUGGAUGAUAUACUUGCGUAUGGGUUUUUUACCUUUUGCAGUCCUUUAGAAGGAAGUCGGAGUGCAGGUUGAAAGUCACUGCUAUGAAGUACCUUUAGUGCACCAACUGCUAUCUCCUUUUCAAGACAUACUGUGUUGAAUGUAAGGUAUUUUACCAGUCCACAGUUAUGACAUUUUCCCCCUUUAAGGGUGCCGUCCUGCCAAAUGCUGAGGUCCCUUGAACUGAGUGGGACCUAAGGCAGUAUGCGCUGCUGGAGUUUUGAGUGUGCUCCUUGGAGAUUUUUCACACGUCUGGGACUUGCCUUCUCUCACCAACAUCAUAUUUUUAUUAUGAAAAUAAUGUAGUUAGAUGAGAUUAUUUAACAGAUAGCACAGAUGAUUUAAAAAAAAGGUAUAAAAAAGCUAGCAAGUUAGAAAGUAAAAGCUUAGCCAUACAGUGGAAGCGUACAAAAUAAUCUGAUGUUAGGAACAGAGGGACUGUGAAAUUCAGUUGAAUAAGUACUUUUCACGUAGAUGCGUGUGCUUACUUGAACGUAUAAACUGAUUACUGAGAAUUCAUUACACAAGAAUAAAAUCUAUUAGAAGUCUUUUGCAGAAAUUGCAGAAAUAUUUUUUAACUAUAAAUUUAGCAGUUUAAUACCGUGCUUUAUUAAAAAGAUUGAUCUGUUGAUUUGUAAACUGUAUGUUCUACACACAAAAAAACAGUUGCGUAGCAAUUUUAGAUAGAAAACAGUCAUACAAAAGUAUACGGGCACGUACAUUACAUAGUUUAAUAUAUAUAAAUCCUUAUUGGCUAAGUGUAAUGUAAUUAUUUGCCUUAAGAAUGAAAGUUAAAUCUGAUAUAAUGAUGUAUGUUUAUCAAAUGCAGAAAAGUGUCUUAAAUUGUAUGCAGCAGUGGAAAAGGAGAAUAUUAACAAUGCAGGACUAAUAGGCUGAAGUGAUUUCUUUUAAUUAUUGAAGUUUGGAGACAGAAUAAUAGUAAGUGAUUGCUACAGGCAUUUUAGUUAUCUCUUGUAUUGCCUGCUUUGUGAGUUAAUGUCUACAUAAAUUUACGUGACUGCCUUUUUAAGAGCAGUUUCUUCCUUACAGUCACACUAAACCAUGUUCAGAAAUACUGAGGCAUUUUGUGUAUCAGCUGAACAAGCAGCAUAAAGAUGCAGUAGUUCUGUAUGAAAAAACAGAAAAUCAUUGGUUAUCAAAAGUAGCCUGAGUCCUUCUGUGUGCAUAUACAUAGUGGUGGUACCCACAAAUGCCAGUAGUGCAUUUCGAGUACUCUGCUCUAGGUGAUGUGAAGUCUGGGUUCCUGGGAGUAAUGGACAAAGUAGCUGGGUGAAGAAAAGACCUUUUACUCUCUAUGGUCUUCAACUGCAGUAUUUCAGGCCUCUCCAAGCUCUAAUGUGUGUUCAUUGCCAACGCCACUGUAAGGCAAAAGAAGCUGUGGUCAUACUCGGUGUGUCCUGGCUCCUGAGCCAGCGUCGUUACACUGGGAGCAAAGAGAGAAUCGAGGCUUUUAGCGGCCCUGCUCAGUAUUGCAUGCUUGGAAUUGCCUGAUGCAUUGAACAGCGGGGAUUGUUCAGCUGCUUAGCUUUUCAGCAGUUCCUCUUGUUUUUGUUUUUGUUUUUUUAAACAGGUGAUUCACAACCACUGAAGUGAGAAAAGAGACCCCAGUUGAAGAUUACUUUUCCUCUUCAUUUCUGAAAAUUCAGAGCCAGCAGUUUUGACCAUCAAUUCCACAGUAGGCUUUCUUUGGCAAAGAAAUAGGCUUUCUUUGGCAAAUGAUUCAGUAUGUGGAAAAAACAGCCUGAAAUGUGAAUUUUCAGGUCACUUUUUUCUUUAAUUUGUUCCAAAAAUUCUGGGUUGUACAGGAAGCUAACUUGUUUAGAUGUGCAUUUUAUAUAAUCAAGAAGAAAAGAUCAUCAAGAUGCUUUACCAGUUCUUAAGCACUUUUAAUAUUUGUGUUAAUGAUGUGUGGCCAGUUAAGUGAGGGGGGAUUACUGAGUGGGGAGAAAACUUCUUGUUAGAGUAACUUUGGGCUUCGGUUAAAACAUCAAAACAGCUGUAAAACCUACCCUUCACUGCACUGAAUAUAUCAUCUGCUUGAAAACUGACUAAAUAGCUCUUUGCAGCAACGCUUGCUAUGUAGCAGUGUGGUAUUACAGAAAAGAGCAGAAUUCCUAGUUUACCGGGAGAGUUGCACUACAGUAGCUGAAAUUCAGUAUUGUGCAACUAAGAUUUUUUUCUUCUUAGUGUGAAGAAGUGUAUGUCAGUACGAAAAAUAACAAACGACUACAGCAUAAUGAGAAUUAAGUGUUGAAUUCAGUACAUAUUCAAGAGUUUGUUUGCUUCCAACAUGGUACAUUUAGCAAGGCAUACUGCAGCACCUUUUUUGAAGGUCUUACGUAGUCUUAGACCUUUUUAAAGUAGACAUUUCCAUGCUUUUUAAAAAUAUUAUUUAGCUAUGCUGAACCAAGUUAAGUAUACUUUAUUCAGUUGUUAUAAGAAGCAAUAUUUUGUAAUUUCAUACUUAAAAUUAUUUUUCUCUGGCUAGAAAUGGCUUUUGUUUGAUUACUUGUAAGUAGCCUUCUUUAAAAAAAGAUCAGAACACUUAACCAUACUGAUACUUCAGUUGUGAAAAUUAUGCUUCUCUUGUUGGUUUUUAUUAUUCCCUUUAGUGGCUGCAUAAAUAUUUCUGUUUCAUACCCAAAAGCCUGUUAGCUGAAAAACAAGUUUCCUUUUGACCCUGUUGUUGUUUGUUUUUGUUUUUGUUAUUUUUUUAGAAGGAGAGUUACAACUUCUCUGCAGUGUAUACCUGGAAAUAACCUUAAAUUUCAUGACUAAUGGCUGCAGGCAGCUGCUCUUAUGAUAUUACAAUAUUAAGAGUUAUGUCAGUACAGAGAUACAAGUAGUCUUGUACCAUCUAGAAACUCAACCUCUAUUGCAAUUUCAAGAAAACUAAGUUUUUGCUAGCAUUUAUUUUUACUAGCAUGACAUACACUGUGUUUGGGAAAAAUACCAUCCCUUUCCUUUAUAGGAUAUGUUCCACUCGCUGUUCCUUUUGUGAAAGAUAAAUUACUAUGUGGAUAUUUUUUUUUAAGUGGAGUUAUGUGUUGCUGCUGUCAUAUAAUGGAACACAGACUGUGUUAAUGUUUAUAACAGGAGAUUUCAUGUCUUGCUAUUUACAUUUUAAAAUAGGAACAGGAGUACACCUUAGCAAUAGGUUGAAUAACGUAAAGGAACCUCAGAUCUUGGACCCUUCAGCUGUUUUGCUGUGGCUGUCCUGAAAUUAAAGUUCUAUCAAACAUCUCAAAAGGAUGUCACUUUAUCCUUGCUAUUGACAGGCAUUCUCUUAACCUUGUUGCCUUAUUUUUAAAGUUAGUGAACGCUCAUUACAAAGCACCUGUGAGCAGCGUUAUUUCAGAGUUGUAUCAGUUUUGCUGUAUGAAUUAUUUGUCAGGUCUGUGUUCUUCUCUCGUGGGAAGACCAGCUCUAUGAAACAUCUGACUGUUCCCAGGCUUUCCAAGGACCUGAAAAUACAAGAUUUUUUUUUUCCUUAGACUGCUUCUACUAACCCAGAGUUGCAUGGUGUGGUUGUAAGUAGUCUGAUGUUAUAUUUGGGCAGCAGUUACAGUAAUUUCAAAAUUUUUCAUAAUCAUUUGACAUAGCCUGUACUGAAGGCAGUGGUGUAUUUCUGCUCUGCAGUUGUCUGUAUUUCCAGUCACACCACUCUUGAAAACUGAAUGAAUUUAUAGCCAUAACACAACGCAGAACUAUGAUUUCGGUGGGUAAUUCAGGUGAUACAGUUCACGUACAACUUAGUGCUAGAUUAAUAGUGUUGAUUGGGCAACAUCUAUUUCCAUUUUCUCCUGUUUUCUAGUCUGCAUUUAUAUGCCUUACCGCAUGCAUAUGGGACACUGGCAAAAUUCCAAGUCAAGGGAAAAUAUAUGAUUUAACAUAGAGGUGUAUCGGUCCUCUUGCACAAUGUUUGCGUCCACAGUUUAUCACUGUGUUGUGAUAUAUCCAAGUAGCUCCAUGCUGUACUGUACUGCAGGGUUUUCAGAUUUAUUUGCCAUGUGAUCUGUCAACUUUGCCUUGAAAACGUGUGCAUGAUUUCAAAUAAUAAUUGUCCUUGAUUUGUUUUAUACCUAGCUAAAAUCUUAGAUUCCUGUAAUAGCUUAGUUUAUAGAAAUGGAUUUCUCAUAGGAACAUGUAUUUUAUGCACACACAAAAAUUACUUAUGCUGAGCGUAGCAGUUUAUAUCCAUUCCAAUUGCCAUCUUCAAUGUGGAAGAUAAAUGUUUUCUUUCCACAUACUGCUAAAGAAAAAAAAAAAUUUAAAUUUUCCAUGAGUCACUAGAUGUCACACUUUCAUAUAAUUCUCUACUUUGGUAUAAAAAUUGUGCAUAUGUCGUAUAUAGGCUAAUGCAUAAAACUAUUCCCAUCCUUCUUGGUAAUGUGAAGAUUUGUAGCCGGGUGGCUAGAGCAGCUAAUGGGAAAAGUCUCAUGUAUAUUCACAAGAAUCUUAAGUUAUGACAAUCUUGCAUUGAGUUUGGCACCUGUCUAGCUGAGAAAAGCUCUAAAAAAAUGUAUUGGUGCUUGAGAAAUCAUAGCAAGCAUCAAUAUGGAAAGGAUACUUACUCCUAAAUAUAUGCAAGGAAAGAGCCUCCAUGAAAAAAACCUUUCUACACAUUUCUGGUAUUUGCCAUUGUGGCUGGACUUCAUUGUUGUGGCUGCGUUGCUCUAUUGCUAGACAUUUAUCUUAAGCAACUUGUCAGCUUUCAGGCUCUCUCCAUGCCUGGAAACUUGCUUUCUUUGUUCAAACCAAAACCGUUUAAGUUUAGUAUAACAAAUCCAGUGAGGUAAAGAGUUAGGAUGCAUAAUGUUUGUUCUAUAACUGCAUAUUUGAGGACUGAAAAUCUUUCAUGAGUGGGAACAGGAAAUGAAAUAUUAAAUUUCUAUUAAAAUAACUAAAAUGUAAGGUAACCAGCAGGAGCCUUUUGAUCAGAAAUGGAAUUUGCAUCUACAUGAAUUUCAUUCUCUCCUUCAUAGAGGCUCUAGAUCCAGUGUUCUUAUUUUGUUCACUAUUUUACUAUGUUUUCAUGUUUUAGUUAGAGCUUUCAUCUACCCUAAAAAGGCAGCUUAUUUUCCUUAAACAACUCUUUCAAGGUUAAAAAAAAAUCUGACAGUCUGCAUCCAACACCAGAUAUCUGUAAAAAUAAAUUAGUAUGAUCAUAUGUUGUGUUCUUUUGUGGCUGCAUCAGGGGUAGAAUUCAACAUACUUUGUAAAGAAUCAUUUUGGCUAUGAGCACUAUAUUCUGUAAAGUCUAAUGUUAAAGUAAUGACAGGUGUAUUAUGGAAGAUGCAACUUAUUGAGAAGAGGAAGCAGAAACUUUUACUGGUUAAUGUUACCCUUAAUUCCAUUUGUUGCACUGAAUUUCAAGAGUGUAAUUUGUAAAUCAAGGUUACUCACCUGUGUAAGCAGAUAUUAUUUUCAUUGUAAUGCUUAUGUAAUUACCUUACCUGUAUUUAUUUUUGGUAAUGAUUCCAUAAGCAUGAGCAAUAUAUUGUUAUGUUUAGUUCUAGAGAAAUAAUGUUAAGAACAAGCAAAGAUUAUUGCAAAGCAAAGGAGUAAGCAGAAGCACCUUACUGGGAGAGCGUGUUGCAUAAUUUGAACGCUACUGGAGGUGGCCCAGUAGCACAUUCUGAACUUGAUUGCAAAUUGCUCUUUGGUGUAGUAAGCACAUUGACAUAUUGCUAUCAAUGCUGUAAAAAGUACAGCGAUGGCUGUUUUUAACCUAUAAAUAUACUGUAAUUUAAUUUUUUUCCUACAAAACAAUUUAUAUUUAAUUGCUGCCUAAUACAUGUACUUAAAAUUAGAAUUUUUAGGAGGGACGAGGGUGGGUGGGCAUACCAGUCUAUUUUUGGGAGGGGCUGCUGUAUAUACAUGUCUUUGCACUUCCCGUUCAGUUUCACUAUUAAUCCAAAACCCCCAGCUCUGACUGUGGUCAAUCUGCAACCUGACAUUUAUGUAUUUGUAUUGUGAUUCAGGUCUUCUCUAGUCUGUGGCCCAGAGCUUCAGAAUUUGACAGAAAAGGUCGUCUUUCCAUUCUCAAAUGUGAAUGCUCUGAUGUACCUCUAAUAUGGAAAAUGACCAAGCAAUGAAUUUUACUCUGCUGAGUGUAAUAUCAAUGGAGACUAUUAUUUGAAGCUGAUAUCUAAGGCUACUACUAACCAGUAGUGUGUCCCUUUGGAAAAAAAAUAAGAAUGAUGAUUGCUGUUUUGGUGAGUACAGUCUAACUCUUGACAGUUUAUUCAAGAGACUGUCACCAAUUCAGUAACUAAUUUGCCUUAGACUAGCUUGAUUUUUCAGAGUCCUCUAGGAAAUUUUUUUGAUUUCUGAAUUGGGGAAUAGGCAUUGGGAACUAGGGACACUCACUAACAUCUCUCAACAUGUUACUGUGGUUGCUAUUUAAGUUUUGGAUUUCAUUUUACAUAUUUACAAAUAACAUCAUCAUAAGAUGAAAGCUCAAGAAAUACAGACGGCUGCAGAUUGUCUUGCGUGAAUGAAGCCGGGGAAGGUUAAUGAAAACUAACUUCUUUUUUUUAAGCCUGUUGAAUAAAUGAGAAAUAAUCAAAGGAAAACUGAUUUGCCAUUCACUAGCUUUGUGCAAUACUAUAGGUAGAAUCAAACACUAGCACAUUGUGCUUGGCUUUAAGAAAGUUCUUUCACACCGUUGUAUUCCAAGGACAUAUUCAAUGCAUAUUUUAUUGUAAACGACUGCAAAUUUACUAUACCUAAUAGUGCUCGAUGUUCUAAAGUAUUAAGCAAAAAGUGUGUUUAAAAAAAAAAGGUAAAAAACUAAGCAAACAUUUCUAGCAAUACCUAAAAACUAAAAAGUUAUAACUGUUUGCCUUUUGCUGUUUUUUUCUUUAGUGCAGCUUUUCUGCCAUGCAAGUUUAUUGCUGUGUAUUUCAUGUUUUUUACUAUCAUGACUCGAGUUUAAACCUGUACACAAGAGUACUGAACUCACCUUCUUGUACAUGCGAUGUAACAUCAUACUCACAGUUUUGGUGCUUAAACAUGAUUCCUUUUUUCUUUAUUAAAGGAUAUUUAUUUGA